AUGGAUUACAUGCUGUUAGGAGUGCAGUCAAGAAAGACUGGUUUAAAUGUGAAAGAAAAUAUCAAGAAAGAUGAGUAUAGUAUGGAGAAUAUUGAUGAUUUCUUCAAGGAUGAUGAUACCAGCCUAAUAAAUUCAAAAGGAAACAACAGAAGGUCAUCUUUACUCUCAUCUCUCACUAAAAAUAACGUUUUAUCUCAUACGGAACAUCAAUCUCCCAUACUGAAAGGACUUCAAAGUAGCAAUUUUGACUCGUCACGCCGUUCUACCGAGCAGUUUCAUGGGCAGAAUUCUUCCAUAAUACAGAAUCAUCUUAGUAUAGUCGAAGAAGAUCUGUUACCAGUCGAUAACUCCCAGUAUGAGGAGAUUGUCAAAGAUGCUCAUCUCACACCGAAAGAUUCAAAGAUUAGACGCGACACAACUAUCGAUAGAGGUUCCAUAAGGCUCACUCCAGAAAAGCCGCUCAAUGACUAUCUCUAUAAUGAUGUGCCAGACCUAGUUGAUGAUGAUGACGAAGAUACGAGAGAUUUCACUUCGUUGAAUACAUCUGAAAAUGCCCUAUUGGAGGAUGAAUUGGACGAUGACUUCGUCCUAGAAAGUGAGGAAGAUAGGGAUUAUGUAGAAGGGGAGUCUAUACUGAAUGAGGAAGAAAAUAGUAAUGAUGAUGAUGACGACGAGAGAGAUGAUGAGAGUAGUAACGACUCAAAUGACACUGAUAAUGGGGAUGAAAUAUCAAGCCAAUCCUUAAGUCAUCCGAAAUACACAUAUGGUGAUGCUAAAUUGUCUACAGAAAUUUACGAUUCUGAUGAAGAGUCCAUACGAGAGCAGGCGCGUGAAGUCAUCGAUACCGAAACGGAGGGUAGAGCGAAUGGAUUGAGGCGAUCACGAAGAGUAAAAGUAGCUCCUUUAGAGUAUUGGAGAAAUGAGAAAGUCGUAUAUAAAAGAAAAUCAGGAAAACCGGUACUGGAUAUUGAUAAAAUUAUUACUUAUGAUCAGAAUGAUGACGACGAAGAAGAAGAAUUAGGAAGAGGGAAGAAGAAAAGGAAAAAAUCCGUCAGAACGAGACCUUACAAUUACAUUCCCACAGGCAAGCCGCGAGGUCGACCCAGAAAAAAUAAGCUCCCUGAUGGCGAUGCUUUUGACCCGAAUACUGAAUUGUUGGAUGAUAUCAAUUCAGGCAAGGUAGAGACUGCAGAGUGGCUCAAGCACGGUAUAUUGGAGGCUAGCGUUAAUAAUGCCAAUGAUAAGGUCUCAAAAGAAAUCGUGGCAUUUGCUCCAAACCUAGCUCAGUCAGAGCAGAUAAAGGAAACGGAUGAAGAACGUUUUUCAUUAGAAGUAAUGUUUGACAAAUACAAAGAAAACUUUGCUAGCGGAAUGCUCAAACUGCCUGUACGAGGUAAUAAAAAAGUAAGUGACUCUCACCGCACCUUUAUUACCUUUUAUAUCAUUGAGGGCGUCCUCGAAGUAACACUAGCGGGAAAUGUCUUCUUAAUCACGAAAGGGUCCUCAAUUCAAAUACCAGCAUUCAAUCAGUAUAGUUUCCGUAAUAAGGGCAAUAAUGAGGCUAAGAUGUUCUUCGUCCAAGUCACACUUUCAGAAGCUGAAAGUAAGGUUUUUAUGAAUGAAAAGGAAAUGGAAAAACAAGACCAUUCGCUCUCGCCAAGAGGAAUCGACAAGGCUUCAGAAGAGUCAGAAAGUGAGGGCUCCCUGAGUAGUAUGAGCAUUUCAGAGAUUUAG